AGACACAGGAAAUCAACCGGAGUUCAUCAAGAUGCAGAUCUUCGCCAAGACGCCGACGGGGGAAACCAUCACCCUCGAGGUCGAGACAAGCGACACCGUCGCCGACGUGAAGGCCAAGAUCCAGGGCAAGGAAGGCGUAGGCAUCUCGCCGGAGGACCAGCAGCGCCUCAUCUUCGCGGGGAAGCAGCUGGAGGAUGGCUGCACCCUCGCCGACUACGACGUCCUCAAGGAGUCCACGCUCCACCUCGUGCUUGGCCUCCAGGGCGGGUGCUGGUACGAGCCCAACCUCAGAGCCCUCGCAGAAAAGUACAACUCCGACAAGAUGAUCUGCUGCAAGUGCUAUGCCCGCCUACCUCUGAGAGCUACAAACUGUCGCAAGAAAAAGUGCGGUCACAGCAAACAGCUGAGGCUAAAGAAGAACAGGUACAGGAGAGGGAGGCGCCGCCUGUGAAUUGACUUCUAGGCGAUCAUAUAGUCAUGCCGGAGUCAUUAGAAUUGGAGUUUUAAUUAUCUUGUUGUAAAUGUCAUUAUGGAUGGUUGUCGGAGCUUGGUUACUAUCCAAAUACUUCCAAGUUGUGGUGA